UACCCCCCUCUGAAACCAAAAAUACCUGCCUGGUCCAUUAAUUCGAUAGAAGGCUUUCUCCAGUGUCCUUGAAGGUCUCUAUUAUAUUCUUCAAAAGAAGGUCGUUUGGACACUUGAAACAAUGCCGGAGUUCAAUGCAAAACCGUACAACAAUCAUCGGAUCCACAUUCCAAAUGAGUUUCCCCGGAUAUUGAAGCAAUACACGAAGGCUGCCAUUCGGACUCAGCCCAAAGAUCUCCUGGUUUGGUCAGUGGCUUACUUUAGGUGUCUAGCCAACGGAGAAAUCCCUCCCGUCAAAGAACGAUUGGAAUAUCCUAUUCCAUCAACUCCAUCUGGUCUGACCCCAGGUUUGCUGCGAGUUUUGAAUAAACAAUUGAGACAAAGAGCUAUAGUCCAAAAGCCACUAUUGGAAGCGAGAUGGCGAGGCAUUUGCAUGGAGGAAGCCACACUAGAGAAUCUCCUGGAGGAAGGCAACUUGACCGACGAUAAUAUUCCAUGGAAGCAAUUUGUGGCCGAGGCAGCGGCCAAUAUUGCUCCCAAUUCAACGAUUGACUCGCAUAUGGAGGUGAUUUGUGAGGCCAUGUCGGAUCAUCCAGAGGGAAUCUCAAGUUCGCUGAAGAUGCCGGAGUUCGUGGCAAUGUUCCGCUUGACGGCCAAGAAGCUUCAAAUUGACCAAGAGUCAGUCAAGAAAAUUGAAGGAUAUCUGGAAACUGUGGCUGAACGUCAGGGUGGAAUUUUGCUCCCUCAAAACCUAAGAUCCCAAGAUUGUCCAGCUAUUUAAAGCGAUCUUUUUAAUCAACAAAGAGAAGUCAGUAAAUGCAUCGUAUUGA